AUGAAAGGCAAUAAUUCACAUAUUGCCUUUUCAUGGCCAAUUAUUGUUAAUGAAAAUGCGCUCAAUGAAGCAACACAACAACAAACGCCAAUGAGCCAUUCACAUCCUUGUUUAUUUCUGGAUGGAACAAAAUUUAAUGAAGACAAUGGAAAGAGACCUGAAAAUCUUCCUCAACAAGCUCCCAAAACAACAACAGAAGUUCCCUUCAAAAAUAAUUUGUAUAAAUCAGAAAGUGAUCGAACAGAAAAAAUAUCGACUAAUCAACAAUUAGAAAAUGAAAAUAAAUUUUUGAAUGGAAUACAGCAACAAAACAAUGAUCAAAAUUCUACAAAUUUGAUUCAACAGAAACAACAAAUUGAAAAAUUACAACGUAAAUGUAAUCGUUUGGAACAAUUAGAAUCCUCAUACAGAAAAAUAGAAAAAGAUUAUGAAGAAAUGAUGGAAUGUGAAGAAUUAAGUUUAAUAACCUUUUAUAAAUUAGAGCACCAAUUGAGGUUAUUAGACAUUGAAAAUGAACAAUUAAAAAUUGAAAAUUUAACUCAAAAUUAUCCCAAAAAUGAUGAAUUUGGUCAAUUGAAGAUUUUGGAAGAAAAAAUUGAAAAUUUGGAGAAUUCACUUUUAAAAAGCCAAGAAAAAGCAAAAUUGGCAAAAGAAAGAACAACUUCAAUAAUUAAUUCUCAACAACAAUCAACUUCAAAUAAUUUAAAUAUUUUUGGUUCAAUUUUGGCAGCCAGUCGUUUAAUUGGCGGGGAAAUACAAAAAGUUGGAAAAAUGAAAGCUCAAGAAUUUUUGCCUGUUGGGACAGAAGAAUUAUUUAAUAAAUUAAAUAAAGAAUUGGAUAAUUUAUUAAUUGGGACACCAGAAAAGGGGCAAAAUGAAAAUAAUGAGAAAACAGCAACAACGUCUUCCAAGUUUGUUGAUUUAUUGGAUAUUCGACGAUUUAAUGUUUUUUCGACUGAUUUUGAUCAAUGGUCAAUGUCUGCAACUACUCGGGAUCAAAACAAGGAAAUGUCUCUACCAACAAACAUGAGCGACGAAAAUCGAGAACAAUUGCUUUCGUUAUUGGGUGAUGAAGAGAGAGGAUUUGAUGAAAAUAAUUUUUGUGAGAGCAAAGGAGAAGUUCGAGUUUUGAGACAAAAAAUUUUGCAAAAAAGAAAAAUAAAAAGUCAACCAAGGUCUUUGAUGGAGAAAAGAGCAGCACAAAAUUUUAAGUUUGACUUGACAGAAGAGGAAAAGGAAAAAAUAAAAGAGCCGAUAAGUGAAGAAAGGGAACAAAAAAUAAUGAAAAUUUUAAAUAAAAUAAUUAAUAAUGAAGAGGAAGAAGAGGGGAAUUAUGGGAAGCAAGAAGAACUGAGAAAUGAUAAGGAGGAAGAUGAAGUUGGAUUGGGAGAUGAAGAAAUUGAAGAAAACUCAACUCAAAUUGAAAUUAAUUUGAUAAAUUUAAAUUCAAAAAAGGAAGAAAAUAAAAAAUAUAUUUAUGAAGAAAAAGUUUUUGAUGAAGAAAAUUAUGGAGAAGAUGAAAAUUCUGUGUUUGAAUGGACAAUUGAAGAUGAUGAUAGAGAGAUUGGAGUAAUUCCAAGUAUAGAAUUGUCUGAAAUGUUGGAGGACAUUUCUAUUCUUCCUCCUCUUCCACAAGAACCUUCUUUAAAAGUUUCUUCAACAUCGAGUACUUUAUCUAGCACAAAAUUAACAACAACAAGAACAACAACAACAUUUUCUCAAUCAAAUAAUUUUUAUAAAAUUAUUAAUAAAAUUUCAAAUUCAAAAUUUUGGAUUUUAUUAAAAAUUCCUUACAAAAUUAAUUAUUUUGAUUAUUGCCAACAUUUUUUAAUUGUUUGUUCAAAAAAUAGAAGACCUUAUUUUAUUAUGAUUUCAAGUUUGAAGGCUUUACAAGGCAAAAGAUGUUGUUCACCACAAUGGAAUAAAUUGGGAAUAUAUGCUGAUGGAGUUUCUAUAAAUGAUGAUGGCACCCGUUUAUGGCGUAUUUGGAACGGCGUCGGAUUUUCACCAAAUUCACAACUCGAUUUAAUUGGACCUUCUUCAACAUUUUCUAAAAAUUCUCAAUGGUAUCAAAUGACAAGUAGAAAUGAGGGAUGUCUUUUACAAGUUGAAUUAACGAGUAAACAUGCUUGGUAUUUAACUGAUAGAGGAGUUUUUGUCCAAAUGUUUUUACCAGCCUCAGGAAUGGGUUAUUGGUAUAGAACACAAGACGAUGAUGAAUUAGAUGUUUUUGUUCAAAUAACGGCAUCAGAUGAAGCUGUCUGGGUAUUAAAUAAUUUUGGAAUGGUUGCUGCAAGAGUUGGGCUUAGAAGGUGUCCGAUGGGUGUUGAUUGGGCAUACUUGGACAAUCAACCAAAAAAAUUUGUUUCAAUUUCAAUUUAUAAAAGGAUAGGAUUUGGACUUGAUAAUCAAGGCGUUAUUUGGUUAAUUAAUGGUGUGGGGUUGGAAAGUCCUUUUGGUGUUGAUAAUUGGUUUAAUUGUUCUCCUUUACAGGUUAAUUCAAUACCAAAAAUGUCACCAAUUAAUGAAUGGCGAUUAAGUGUUGGAUCAAUUGGGAUUUUUGUUAAUGUUGGAACUGCUUUGAUUUAUUUGCCUGAACCUUUUAUUGAAAGGGACACUGAUAAAGAAAUUCUACUUUCAAAAGCACGAGAAAUGCCUGAACGCACACUUUCUGGAGGUUCAGCAACUUCUUGGUGUGAACUGGGUAAAUAA